CCUUUUGAGAUUUUUUUCCAGUUUUUAUUUUACUUAGUUUGGUAUUAUUGUUUCAUUCAUGAGCGAUUCUUCUGACGAUCUUUUGUCAGCCGACACCUUAAGCCUGGUGUCGUCUAGAAACAGUGUAAUUGACGAUUCUAGCGCAGACCAGCUAAUAGAUCUAUUAGUGUUUAUGCGGCAACAUGAACGUCAAUAUUGUUCGUUUUCUCCCCAUUGUUUGUUUGUACGUUAUUAUCGGGCGGUCGCGGCAAACAUUUGUGAAAUGUGUUUAUAUUUCUCUUACUCCAUUUCCACGUGCAUGGUAGCCCUUCAAUACUUUUGUCGUGUUUGCAGCGCCCUCGACGUUGGUCCUAGCGACCUAAACGCCAUUUCUGUAGUAUGUGUAAUCUUAGCUGCAAAGUACGAGGAGCGAAGCUCCAAGAUUCCUUCCUAUUCUAAUCUUCUCCAUUUUAUUCCAAACGAAUUCAAGAGCGCCAAAUCGCUGGCGCACUGGGAGCUACGUGUCCUGAGCGUGCUCCAAUGGGAACUCCACUGCAACACGGCAGCGCACUUCCUGAAUCUGCUGCUGUCCGUCCUUCGAACCUCGCUGGGCAGCCAGUUCAACGCGCUGCAGACCCUCGCGCUCGACUCGCUCCAAAGCCUUCUGCUGUGGUACCCGACCAUCCUGACGCGGCCGUCGCUUCUGGCCGCGGGAGUGAUCGCUGCGGCGCGGCGGAUGCUGGGAGUGCGGUGA